AUGAUGAUGUUCCGAAGGAAAAAAGCACGACCACAUAUUCCAAUCCCACGGCGGAAUAACCAUAACCAUAUUCCAGAAGACAUCGUAUUCGACGUGCUGUCAAGGCUACCCGUGAAAUCACUCCUAAGAUUCAGCUGCGUCUGCAAGUCCUGGUCUUCCCUCAUCCAUAGCCGCAGUUUCAUCUCCACACACCUUAAUAUGUCGUCGUGCCGCGUUGACAAUGAUCACGAUCAUGGCUAUGUCAUGCACAUGCCCAGGAGUAGUGUUGAAAACACUCAGCUCUGUACAGUCACUUGCGACCGUACCUUUGAUUGUAUAUCCGAGUUUAGAGCUCCCUUCAUUCGUUAUACCUAUGUAGUCGGUUCAUGCAAUGGCCUUUUGUGUCUCUAUUAUUAUUGGAAUUUCAACUACAAUGUACACUUCUGGAACCCCAGUAUUAGAAAAUUUAAGAGUUUGCCCACUGCUUCAAUAAUCCUGUCAAAUACUCUUAGUCUCGGAUUUGCAUAUGAUUCACAGAAUAAUGACUACAAGCUUGUGAAGGUUGAAUGGCCUAUUGAACCUAGUCCCACAUUACUACCUCUGCCUCCCCCUGAGUUUGAGGUGUAUUCGUUAAGUUCGGAUUCAUGGAGAAAAGUUGAAUUUGGAAUCUCUUGGAGACCCAAUAUUUGGUACUACAGCAUUAAUUACGAUUCACCAUUCCCAUUUGUUAGUGGACAUUUGCAUUUCAUGGUAGGAACCAUAAGGGAAACAGGACAACAAGAGAUGCACCCUUGUGAAAUGAUUUUGUCAUUUGAUGUCAACAGUGAAAAAAUCGGAGAGCUACCAGUGCCUGAUGAUGAUUCAUUCCAAGGAGACAGUAGUUAUGGAAAACGUCUUACAUUAUUCAAGGGGAAAUUGGCUUUAAUUAAAGAGCAUAGUUUUCGACUGUGUGGCUAUGGACACUCUGUAUGGGUAAUGAUGGACUAUGGAGCGUGCAAAUCCUGGAAUAAACUUUUUUCUGUAACAAUUGAAGGGCCUAAUGUAUCAGGGUAUACUCGUUUCAAUGGUUUCACCAAGUACGGUUCACUUCUAAUUCAACAGAGACUUGAACUGAUUUACAAUGGAAAAUUUAUAGUAGAAAAUAAAUUUAUUUUAUUUGACCCAAAAACUCUACAUCAUAAGGACAUUAGUAUUCAAUUUAAAUAUCCUUCCAAUUUAGUUAGUUUAUAUGUAGUUACUUACUUGGAGAGCCUUGCUUUACAUGAUGCAGAAAAUGUUGUAUCUUAUUAA